AUGGCUAAGAGCGAUCUGGCCCCCCAGCACGUCGAAGAUUUUGAGAAGAGAGAGCAUUUGUCAGCAGAAGGUGACUUGCACCUGGAUAUCAAGAAUACGGCGGUUGUAGCAGCGCGCGAUGAUACCCAUCAAUUUGAACAAUCAACGCUUGUUGACACCUCUGCGGAGAAGCACUUGCGCCGCAAAAUCGAUCGCUAUGUUGGAAUCAACGUCUUCCUCAUAUAUCUCUGCUGUUUCCUUGAUCGUGUCAAUAUUGGCAAUGCGAGACUUGCCGGACUGGAAUCUGACCUACAUAUGAAGCGAUGGGAUUUCAACACGGCGCUAUGCAUGUUCUUCGUGGCUUAUAUCCUCUUUGAGUUCCCUUGCACCUUCAUUUGCAAGAUAAUCGGCCCCGGAUGGUUCCUUCCAGGUGCAACAUUUCUAUUUGGUCUCUUCACCCUCGCAAUGGCCUUUGUCGAAAACAAAGGCGCUGCGUAUGCUGUCAGAUUCUUGCUUGGAAUGGCAGAGUCUGGAAUGGUUCCUAGUAUUGCAUACUACCUCUCACGGUGGUAUCGAAAGAAUGAGCUUGUAGUUCGUAUUUCUUUUUACAUGGUUGCGGGCCCACUCUCAGGAGCUUUUGGCGGCUUACUAGCAUCGGGAAUUCUAUCCCUUGAUCAUUUCGGCAGCCUCAAGCGGUGGCGCAUGAUAUUUGCCAUCGAGGGUAUCAUCACCAUGGCUAUUGGUUUUAUCGCCUUCUUCACAAUCACCAAUGAGCCUCACACAGCUCGGUGGCUGAACCAGGAUGAAAGAGCUCUGGCUAUCAGCCGGCUCCAGAAUGAAAGGCUGGCGGCCACCGAACUCAUCGAUAAAUGGAAUCGUACGAAGAUUCUUCGUGGAAUCACUUCUCCAGUACAGAUUUCGAACAUGUUCAUUUUCCUGUUCGUGGGCAUAUCCGUGCAGGGAAUUGCUGUUUUCCUUCCCACUGUCGUUGCGACCAUCUACCCACAUACCUCGAUUGUUCAUCAGCAGCUUUAUACAGUCCCACCGUAUAUAGUCGGAGUCGCAACCGUUCUAAUAUUGCCUGCCAUCAGCACCAGAGUGCAUCAAAGGCAGAUUUUCCUGUGUUUGACUGCUCCUGUGUGUGUAGCAGGGUAUGCCAUUUUUCUUGGUACAUCCGUUGAGCAAGCAUCAGCACGCUAUGGAGCGAUAUUUCUCCUCACUGCCGCCGCCAUGCCAUUUGGUAUCUUCUGCAAUGCCCAAGCCGCUGCGAAUGCCAUGUCCGACUCCUCACGUAACUCAGCAAUAGCCCUCGCCAAUUUGGGCGGGAAUAUUGGCGGUCUCAUUGCGACCUGGACAUAUCUUCCAGCCGACGCCCCAGCCUACCGAAUCGGUGCUGGCAUCAAUCUGACUACUUCGGCGUUGAUCUUUUUGAUUGCUACUGCUACACUAUUAUACAUGAAGUGGGAUAACCGACGCAGAGAACAACGAGAUAGCGCUGCCGAAUUGACUGGCUUGUCUCAGGAAACGAUCCAGAAUCUUGAAUGGAAACACCCAGAAUUUAGGUGGAGUGUUUGA